UAUACACAGUUGUGUCAAUACAUUGUCAGAGGGACGUUUGGUGGACUGAUUGUCGGUACAGCUGUACCGCUUGUCCUUGGUAAACAUGGGUGGCGGGAAAUACCUGCUGCUGAUGCUGGCAAUGGCAGCUAUCAUAGUGUCGGUAUCAAGCGGACACAGACGCCGUGAUAGGGAUAGCAAUGAAGAUAGCAGUGACGACAGGGACGAUGACAGCGAUGAUGAUAGCGACGAUGACAGCGAUGAUGAUAGCGACGAUGACAGCGAUGAUGAUAUGGACGACGAUAGCGACGAAGAUAGAGAUGACAAUAACUGUCCAGGCGGAAAUGAGAAUCAUGUGUGGGACAACUGCGUGGAGGCCGUGAGGACGUUGACGCGUUUGAGUGUACACCCAUGUAACGGAUCUGAGGACCACAGGACCAAUAACAGGUACGGCAAUGCACCAGUGUGCUACAAGAUUAUUGUGUACUCCGUGACGAUACAGGUUUGCUACACGGUCUGCUGUGAGGGAUGGGUGAAGGAUGAGUUCGGUCGCUGUACAGUUCCGGUAACUCCCGAUAUACUAUGUGAGAAUGGCGGUACCCCUGACCAUGAUGGUGCCUACUGUAUAUGUUCCAAUGACUUCACCGGCAGGCAGUGUGAAACAGCUUUGUGUAGUCCCCGUUGUGAUAAUGGUGGGGAGUGCAUCGCAGAGAACGGGUACACCUCCUGUGUCUGCACAGAAGGGUUCACCGGGGCACAGUGUAAAGAGCCUGUAUGUCCCGAGACAUGUCAGAACGGAGGCACGUGUGUGUCCCAGGGGUACUGUAGUUCUUGUGAAUGUUCCCCAGGCUUCUCCGGCAGAGCCUGUGAACACAAGGUACGACCUGGCACAUGCCCGUCCAUCAGGGACAUGGGUGACCUCAGUUCAACAAACACGAGGUGUGCCUUUGACAACGAUUGUUCGACCGGUGACAAAUGUUGCCUCUCUCAUUACGGCGAAUUCUGCGUGACUCCGGGUACGCCUACCUGCCUUUACGAUGGCAAUCACUAUACACAGGGCCAGGAAGUUAGUAAAAGUGCUUGUGAGAACUGCACGUGCAUCCGGCCGUCUAUCCUUCAUCAGAGUGACGAUGAGUUCACGUGCUACACUAUUGACUGUCCACCAAUCAGCUGUCCAGAUUACACCUACCGUGCAGACAAAUGCUGUCCGGUUUGUGCUGGUACCGUCCCGCGCGAACCACAGAUUUCAGACUGUCCCACCAAAACUGUAGAAGUGGCAGUUCAGUCAGAUAAGAACAUGAUCAGCGUCACCGAGAGGUUUAAGACUAUCCAAGCCCAUGACCACAAUAUGGAUGUUCUGAAAGUGACCUUUUCCCAUGGCUCUCUGAGGUCGUGCGCCUGUAACUACACCGAGCUGGAUUUCCAUCACAUAACCGCCGUAUCGGAGCCUGACACUUAUGGAAGAAUGGCCUAUUGCUCAUUCACAGUAAAGGUCAUCGACGUGCACUCUCCUAGAUUCAGCCAUUGCCCUUCCAUGAUCAGCGCCUUCACUGACCAGAAGAUAAUAUGGCAGGCUCCUGCAGCCUCUGACAACGUUGGUGUCCGGGAGGUGAAUUUAAGGAGUAAAUAUGCUAAUAACACCAUGUUUCCGGAAGGAAAACAUUUCGUUGAAUACCACGCCAAGGACUUCCAUGAGAACGUCGCUGUUUGUCGUAUUCCUGUCUCAGUCUACACCAAAGGAACUACCGAUCCUUCUUUACCAAUCGGGAUGAGGAGAACUUCGACCAUUGAAAGCAAGCACAACUUGUACAUAGGUGUAGGAGCAGGAGCCGUAGUCCUUCUGAUACUACUGUUGGUGGCAAUAAUGUAUUGUCGGCAUCUUCGCACACCAUCAUCUCCACAGGAACCCCCCACCACCGAGAAAAUGUCGGGAACCUUCAACAACGGGCUCUACGCCAAGGGUAUGUACCCGCCGCCAUAUGACAAUAUAGCUUUCAAGGGAGAUAAGAGUGGACAAUCCUCAUACAAACCCGGAAGUCCUCCUCCCGCCUACCGGGCUAGCAUCACAAAGGCUGAAUACGAAAGUAUUGCUGUGCCAUCUGUCACCGAUGGCAUCGACAAUCAGAUGUACAUGGACGAAAGUCUGUAUCACUCUCUCCAGGCACACUCGACUCUCUCCGACAAAGGACGUGAGGCUGAAAAAAGUCCCCCACCUUCGUACAGAGGAGCCCCCAGCAGUCCCAGUCACUAUGAAGAGUUGGACAUCCAAUAAGUGGCCAACAAAGACGUCUACGAAGAGCCCAACCAGGAGAAGACUUCAUAGACAAAUGAAACUUACAAACGACGGAUCCAUUAUUAAUCAGUCAUGUUUAACCAGUGUAAGUAGUUUUAUGCAUAUGUUAGCUGUAAUGGGCUUAGCUGCACCUUAAUCAGUGUUAGAGAAAGAUAAUAUAGCAAUACACCACUUUCUUUAGUACAAAGCCAUUGUGUUGUUUGAGUCCUGUUCAGAAGAAAACGUUGCUAUAACAACCGAUAUAAUCUUCUCCCCUAUACCAAAUAAUAACAAACCUUCAAAAAAUAUGCCGUUCACAUAAUCCUUCGAAAAGACAUUUCAUCAUCACAAACUAUAAACAUGCUUCUGAAUAUUAUCACGCUUACCUGUAUUAAGAAACGUUAUACUGGAUCCAUGCUGUGAUAGCUAGAUAAAGGUUAGGGGCAAAAAAACCUGAUUGCGUUUCUUGUAUAAUCGUUUUUAACACUUGCUUACGCUUUAACUGUUGUGCUGAACUGUUACGACCAUGUGUUACUAAUGGCUAGCGUGUCGUAUACACGACGGAUUUGUUUACUAAUUAAAUGACUGGCGUUAUGAUGUCAUUAGUUAAAAUGUUGUACAAUGAGACACUGGUCGACUGGUCGUAUUUUACCACUGGCUAACGUGUUUUACUAGAAGGCAGGACUGACCAUAUGCUACUACUGGCUAACGUGUUUUAACUGAAGGCGGUACUAACCAUAUGCUACUACUGGCUAACGUGUUUUAACUGAAGGCGGAACUGACCAUUUGCUACCACUGGCUAACGUGUUUUAACUGAAGUUUGGAAUCACCAUAUGUUACCACUAGCUAACUUGUUUUACUUAAAGGCGCGACUGACCAUAUGUCUAUUAUGAAUAUUGAUGACAUCAAUCCAUAUGUAAUCGUAUGUAUUUAUGUAUAUCUUGGUUUCAAUUUUCGUUUUCUAUCGCUGUCCAUGCUGAUCAGUCAGAAUAUAACAGGUUUGAAAAUAUGUUAUUCAACUGGCAAAAAGGAAUUUGAAAUUUUAAGAAAUCGUAAUAGGGUGACAAGAUUUACCCUAGCAUUUUUCGAUUUAGUUAUAGAUAGCGGCUGUGUGAGAUAAACGUACAACAUACACAGCUGAUUGUAUCUUAAAAGUUUGACAACUGAUUUAUUUGUAGCUGUAUGGUAACAUGUAUUUGUAUGAUGCUUUUUAUAGUCUUUAAAAUAACGUUAUUAUUUUAUCCAAGUUUAGCCGAAAAUACUUUAGUUUUAAUGUUAAGUGAAUUUGUGAGUUUUUUUUACAAAGUUUAUAUUAACUCUCAUAGAAGGUGAAGCUGAAAUGAUGUUUUUGUUAAAACCGAUUUCUUAUGUUUAUAUAACGUCAUAUAAUAAAGAAUAAUAUUC